GUGUAAUAUUUAUUAAAUGAAAUACACUGUUAAAAAAUAAAUUAUUUAAGAUCAAUAAUUAAGUAUCCACAUGUUUUUGCAAUUCUUCCAAUGCUAUUCCAAAUAACCUGUUACGUGUGUCAGUGUAGUGAAUUGCGUUGCUUGUAACAUGCAAUAAAACAUAACCUCAAAAUCGCUAAAACAAAUAUAUGAUGCGACCGCAAAAAUUCCGGCUUCCAUGCAGUGCAGAAAGCUUUAUACAGACCGACAAGAAAGUAGUAAUAGUAUCUGUGUUUGGAAAAUCACAACAUCGUGCAAAAGGAUGCAAGACCAACAUGCUCAGUUCAGUAUUGCAGGUGGGCCUCCUGGAUGAACCAGAAGUGAAUAAAGAAUCAUUUUGUGAAAUUGAGGGAUAUUAUGAUUCAAAAGAUAGGACUAUAUACUUGCAUUUAAGAGGACUGUUAGAUACCCAUACUCUUUUAACAGAAUAUGAUAAAUUUGUAGAGAAACAAGACUGUAAAGAUUUCCUUAGUGUGUGGGCACACAUGAGAGACAAAUAUGCAAAAGCAUUACUUGUAUUGUUUCAUAUAUCACAUGUUAUUAUUCUCACUCAUCCAACUCACACAUUUGACUACAGUUAUAUACAUUUAUUCAGGGCCAUGGAUAUUGUGAGACAGAAAGUUUCUCCACAACUUUCCGAUGUUUUAAGCUGCAUAUACAGCUUACCUAAAGAUUGGAUUUCAAAUGUUAGACCCUGUUCUCCGAGAGUUUUAUUUUACUUUGAAACUUGUCCUACUGUGUUCCAAGAUGCUACCAGUGGAGCUAAUAUUAAGAAAUUAGAGCAUUCUUUGGAAGAUCAAAUAUAUCAAGUAUUAAGGAAAAACCGUAUAGUAACUAAUAUUAGUUCAAAUUCGCUGUUUGCAAUUCCUGCAAAUCAAGAAUUUGUUUAUGUACAUACUGGUACAAUAGAAUCUAGAGAUAUUCUAGGAUACAUGGCGAAGAAACUCAUACAGAGCUGCAAAGUUAGCUCUGGAGGAAGCACUUCGAGAAGUUUGGCCAGUCAGGAUUCCAACAUUCAAAUAGAUGAUACAGAAACUGAAACUCGUUCCUUCAGAUCAUUUCUACAACAACACAUAAACUUAGCUUUUGCAAGAGGUUUUGAUGAUAAUGUUGGAAGACACUCUGUACCUGCAUAUUUUGAAAUACCCAAUGUCACAAUAUUCUGUGAAGUAGCAAACAAGGUAUAUGAUUAUUUUAUAUAUGGGACAGACAAAGAACUACUAACUUUACAUAGCUUGUUAGAUACUGAUGUAAAGUUCAGCAAGAGCAGGUGCAGCAAAGUACUGCCCCGAGCUCUUCAGACUUACCAAGAGAAUCUUCCACAACAUUACACAAGAGCGUAUCACGAGACAAAAUUGGCUCAUGCAAUGGCAGUUUUUGAGAUGCAUGCACGAGGUCCGUUGUUCGAAGAGUUCAGUGAAAAACUACAAGUCGAGUGCGAGAAACAUUGGAGAUCUGGCAGGCAAAUGUGCGAGGUACUAUCUCUGACAGGGAAUCCCUGUACGAAUCCGAUACAUAGAGGUGGAAGUGAAGGCGCUGGUGGCGGGGAACAGACGGAACAAAGGGACAGCGACAACGAUUUGCCAAUCAGAGAGCAUUGCAGCGGAGUUCGAUAUAUCUGUGCCUGCAAUUGCGGUCGUUGUCAAGGUUCGAGGGAGGACCCUUUCAGUCUGAGGCAGGCCAACUACGACUACUUUCAAAUGCUGGCUAAACAGUGUGCUUGCGCUCAGUUGGAAAGUAUACAAUUUCCUAUUUUUCAACCAAGCACGCACAAUUAUAGGCCUGCACAGUUGUUUUCUACCAAGCGAAAGGAUUCUUUUAGUCAUAUAGAGUCUCCAACAUCUCAGGGAAAUACUCAAGCUUGUAGUUUAGGAGUCAAUACUUUACAUGACGAUAUUCGGACACCAUAUGGAAGCGGAGGUCAAUCACCUCCAACAAGUGAAACUAACGAAGAUGUACCUAAACUCAGUAGCAAAACUAGUCUAACACCUAGUGAUGCCCAUAAAGUUGUCAUAGAAGUAUCGGAUAGUGAUGCAGAAAAUGCGAGAGAAAAGUCUCUAGUCAAACAACCAUCAACAACAGAAUAUCUACCAGGAAUGUUACAUACAGAAUCACCAGCUGGUUUAUUGCCACAAUUCUCUAGUUGGUCUCUAGUUUGUCUCGGACCAAGUAGCCUGUAUUCUCAUAAUUUGGGUUUACAGCAUCAGGCUGGCGUUUUACCCACUUCUGCUUUCCUCUUACCUUGGGAUGUGACUGUGAGACUAGAGCAUCAAAAAGAAAGGGGCUCUUUAUGGUCGACCAUAGGUGAUCAUGGAACUCAUGGCUAUUGUCCCAGAGGGAAAAACUUUCAAAAUAUGAAUACUAUUCGUGGCCGGAAAUCAAAAGGUGGAAAAGAGUUCGUGGUGAAGAUAUUUGUGGGAGUGGAGUACGAAUGUCCACGAGGGCAUAGAUUUAUGGCGUCUGCGCCUGAUAAAGUUUUAAAAGCUACCGGAAAUGGUAUUGUAAAAGAUAGUGGAAAUAAAGUUACAUCCAGCACUGCUGACAUGCCGCUGUAUUUUCCCUGUCCCUGCAGACAAACGAAACCCCUGAUAGCCCAAUUAAUGAGAAUUCAUGUAGUGACACCAAAAGCUCCUGUUCACGUUACGUUAAAUCCUAGAGUACAACCCGGACCUCCACCUUGCCCAAUUUUUGUCACUGGUUGUGAUGAACCGAUAAAAUUGUCGCAAAGUGCCUACUGGGUCUUGAGAUUACCAUAUGUGUAUAUGGACGAGAAAGGACCAUAUUUGGCGCCAAAAGAACUGGUGCCUACUUCACAUGGCAGGCUACUGGCGGGAAUGUACGGAAUUAGCGAAGUACUUCCGGAAAAGAAAUAACGCAGUAUUCGAUUUUUUAAAUUAAGAAAUGAUUUGUACGAAACUUGUAAAUUACUUUUUGUAAAUAUACAAAAAUAA